UAGUAAAAACUAUCACAAAAGAACAAAUAAAUAUUACAUUCGAUUAUUGAAGUAAUUAAGUACAGUAUUACAAAUUACAAUUUAUUACACUCAACAAUAAUUCCAAAGUUCCUAAUGUGGUUUGUAACAGUGGGUAACGUAACUGGUUCCACUCCGCGGCACCUAAUAUUUAUACCUACCUACAUCUACAUAAUAUUAUUUUCUACUUACCCCUCCUCAAAAUCGACGAUCAGAGUACCUAAUAUGUCAAAGUUUUGUUUUCCGUUAUAAUUUUACUUGAUUGUUGGGUGUUUUCCUAGAGAACCCGACUCGUGACAUACUCACUUGCAAUGACUGGAUAUAGAAAGGAAAAACAGAAAAAGGUUCACUUGAAGAAAACCCGUGUACCAAAAAAAUCAAAAACAUCAAAUCCUUGUAACUGUUUGCCCUAUGUAAUUUCAUUUAUUCGAUUUAUCUAUGACUUUAUUGUGUCAUUAAUAUUUUACUAUGUUUACAAAAAUACACCAUCAAAAACAUUGCCCCCAGUAGAUGAUUUAUUGGUUCUCGACAGUUGUACAACUAUUGUCAAUAAAAUUAAAAAUAAAGAAGUUACAUGUCGCCAUGUUGUUGAAUGUUUUAUCAAACGAAUUGAAAAAGUGAACCCAAUAUUAAAUGCUGUGGUUGACACACGGUUUGACAAAGCAUUAGCUGAAGCAGAUGAAUAUGAUAAACUUAUUGAACUAGCUAACACCGAAGAAAAAAUUAAUUUAAUUUUUGAUGGCAAACCUUUAUUUGGAAUUCCAUUUACAUCUAAAGAAAGUACAGGAGCAAAAGGAAUGGCUUGGACUUUAGGCCUAGUAUCUAGAAUUGGCAUGAGAAGCAAAGAAGAUGCAGAAGUUGUUAAAUCAUUAAAGACUGCUGGUGCAAUACUCUUAGGCGUUACAAAUGUCCCAGAAAUAAACCUAUGGUGUGAGACUAGAAAUAAAGUUUAUGGGCAAACAAAUAACCCUUACAACACAAAUCAUUCAGCCGGUGGUUCUUCUGGUGGGGAAGCUAGUAUAGUAUCAGCUUGUGGUAGUCCUUUGGGUCUUGGAUCAGAUAUUGGAGGAUCUGCUCGUAUACCCGCAUUUAAUUGUGGUCUAUUUGGGCAUAAGUUGACUACAGGUUUUAUAAAUACAAAAGGUAUGACAUUUAGAAAAGGCACGGAAAAACAAACCAUGGUCAGUGCAGGACCUAUAACUAAAUAUGCUGAAGAUCUAACUCCAGCAAUUAAAGCUGUCCUCGGACCAGAAAAAUCUUUGGAAUUGAAAAUUGGCCAAGAAGUUGAUUUAUCUAGUUUGAAGUAUUACUAUGUUGAUAAGCCCAAUGAUGCACGAGUUAGUCCCAUUAGCGAUGAAUUACAAAUAAUUUUAGAUCACGUUAUAGAGGAUAUAACUUCUAUCACUGAACUACCUCCGCUCAAAGUCAAAUUUUCAGGUACUCGUUAUAGCUAUAGCUUGUGGAGACAUUCUAUGACAAAGGAAGAAUCAGAUUUUUGUGCAACAUUGGGAAACAAUCAAACUAGAGUUUCUGUAUGGUCAGAAAUCCUAAAAACAAUUGUAGGACGUUCAAAUCAUUCUUUAGCUGCAGUAUUAAAAUUAAUUGAUCUACAAUUACCAAAAGUAAAUGCAGUUUGGGCUGAUGCUGAGAUUGAAAAACUAUCAAAUGAAAUAUCGACACUGUUGGGUGAUGAUAGCGUGUUAUUUUUCCCUUCGUCUCCAACCACAGCAAAACGUCAUUGUGAGCCAUUCUUGCAUCCAUACAAUUUCGCUUAUUGGGCUAUUUUCAACGUACUGAAGCUACCAGUCACCCAAGUGCCACUCGGCUUAGGUCUAAAUGGUUUACCAUUAGGAAUACAGGUGGUUGCUGGAAUGAAUCAAGAUCGGUUGUGUGUAGCCGUUGCAAAACACUUGGAAUUAACAUUUGGUGGAUGGAAACCUCCUUUUACAACAAGUACCAUGAAAAAUUAAAAAUACAUUGGAGUAUUUUUGGUUAGAGGAAAUAUUUUCAUAUAAUGUUAUACUUACAAAUUAGUUACUUGCUAAUUUUUGGUUACCAAUAUUAUUGUGAUAUUUAUGUCGAAUAAUACUUCUUAAUGUUGUGAUAAUUUUAUACAACUAUGUUUAUCGUUAUAUUAUAUUUAUUUUACAUAGUAUACAUUGUAUACAUUCCAAACAAUAAAUGGUGGACUCUUUCUUGUAUUAAUAAUAUUAAUAAUUUUAAUUGUUUUUACUUGUAUAAUAUAUUGAACAGUAAAACCUCGAUUUACAGAUACCAUCAUAAUGAAAACUCACAGUGGAUAGUUUUUAAUUUCUUUACAGUAAAAAAUAUGUUUAUUUUAAUCUGUUAUUAAUGGUUGCUUUUGUGUGGCAAACAUAGUCUCAAAUAUUUUUCUUUAUUUCUAUAGAGGUGUUACUGUUAAUAUAUAUUUUUUUGAACACGGGCCAAGGCUAUUACUAAAAUACUGAAUACCUUAUUAUAUUAUUUUAUAAAACCAUACAAUGUUAUCUUAAUCUGAAUGCUUUUCAAUUUUUCUGCUAAUUUCAAACCUAUAAUACUAUUUGUAUUGGCAUCAGAUAUACUUAUAUAAUUAAUAUAAUAUAUUAAAUUACUUUUUACAUGGUAUUUAAAGACUGUUAACAAACUUAAUAUAAUAUGUAAUGCAAUGAUAUAGUAUAUUAUUAUUAUUUGGUAUUAAAAGGAAUAUUAUAUGAUAUUUGAAA